AUGAUGGUGAUGAUGAUGAAGAAGGAUGCCGAGACGCAGCAAACAUUUAAAAAUCAUGCUGCCACAAUUCAUAACCUUGAGGUGCAGAAUCAGCAGAUGGCUAAAGCACUGCAAAGCAGAAGUCAGGGGGGUUUACCAUCCACUACUGAGGAAAACCCCAGAGAGCAUCUCAAGGCUAUUGAGUUGAGAAGUGGGAAAGAACUGGAUGAUCCAUAUGCAGGACGUGCUACAGUUGAGGCGAAAAAGGAACAGUGUGAGGGUGGCGAGCCUGAAAAGGCAGUUGCUAAACCACCUCCACCACCUCCUUUUAUGCCAAAGGUGCCAUUCCCACAUAGAGUGAAGAAGCCCCUGGCAGACGCACUGAGAGAGAUGCCGCACUAUGUGAAAUUUCUCAAGGAGAUCAUCACCAACAAGCGGAGUUGGGAUGCAGAAGGACUAGUACCAAUGACAGAGAACUACAACUCAAUCAUAUUGAGCAACCUACAGACCAAGCUCAAGGAUCCAGGGAGUUUUACUAUUCCUUGUACUAUUAGUAACAUGCAGUCUGUACAGGCCACGCCGAUGAUGCUACAGCUAGCGGAUCACUCUCUGAAGAAGCCACAUGGGAUUGUGGAGGACGUCCUAGUUAAGGUCAACAAAUUCAUCUUCCCUAUGGAUUUUGUUGUCCUUGACUACGCAGCGGACAAGGAGUGCCCGAUGAUUUUGGGGCGACCAUUCAUGAACACUGGCAGAGCUCUUAUUGAUGUUCAUGAUGGCAAGCUGACUCUGAGGAUUAGGGAUGAAAGCGUCGAGUUUGAUAUGAGGAAGAUCACACGACAUCCCAAUUCCAAAGGAGAAUGUAUGCGGUCUAUGCUGAGUAAAGAGAGAGAUGCUGAAGAGGAGGAGUAUGUAGAGGAACCAGUCCUCGAACCAUUAUUAAAAAGCGAGCACAUUACUCCUCCCUCUUUAGAGAAGCCACCAAAAGUUGCAUUGAAGACCUUGCCUGCACAUUUGCGAUAUGCUUUCUUGGGAGCUGAUAGUACUUUACCGAUCAUCAUCAGCAACAAGCUCACGAAGAAGCAAGAGCAGAGGGUUAUUGAUGUAGCCAAGGGACGUAUUUUGGCUAUUGGGUGGAAGAUUUCAGACAUCAGAGGGAUUCAGUGGUGA